CAGUGGGGGGGAGGGGAUCUGCCAUCCCCCUGGUGCGGAUGCGGCAGUGGGGGGAGGGGACCUGCAGCAACUGCCUGCCCCCCCCGCCCCCCCCCCCCCCCCCCCCCAUCUCUCUGCUGCGGGUGCAGCAGUGGGGGAGGGUAUGGGGGUGGCGGGUGUGGCCAACCCGCCAGCCCUGCUGCGCCCCGCGCGCCCUGCUGCCCUGUGCUCCCCCUGCCGCUGA